AUGGGCAACUUUUAUAGGAUCAAUGCCCUGCUUUUAUUGUCUGCUUUAGGACUUACCGCUGACAAAUGGCCUUCUGAUACGUUUAUUCCAAAUGACGGAGAAUUCACCGCUGACUAUGUAGUGGUAGGAGCUGGUACGGCAGGAAGUAUAAUUGGUUAUCGUCUAACAGAAGAUUCUAAUGUCGAUGUCGUGAUGGUUGAAGCUGGCGAUGAUCCCCCAACGGAUGCAGAAUUACCCGGGGUAUUCUUUUCAUUGCCAAAAACUAAAAUUGACUGGAAUUAUACGGCUGUAGAUGAUGGCUACAGUGCUCAGUAUCAUAGAAAUAAAUUUGUUGAUUUACCGUCGGGAAAAGUACUCGGUGGAAGCAGCAGCCUUCACCACUUCUAUUACCUCAGGGGAGAUGCCGGUGACUUUGAAGACUGGGUGAAAGCUAGCGGCAAUGAAUCGUGGUCCUUAGAAAACCUCUUACCUUAUUUUAAGAAAAGUGAACGACUCGAGGACAAGGAAAUCAGCGAUUCAGACUUUGGUAAAGUUCAUGGAUACAACGGAGAGGUCGGUAUUACGAGACGUGUAACAGAAUUACCAGAAAAAUAUUUACAAGCAUUCAAAGAAGUUGGACAUCCAGUUGUCGUUGAUAUUCACGGCAACCAUAUCAAAGGAUUUACUCAACCUUUGUUUUUCAUUGCUGAAAAGAAGCGACAAAGUAGUGCCGAAGGCUUUUUAACGAGGGCAAAGUCUCGAAAUAAUCUUCAUCUGGUAAAGAAUACAUCAGCUAACAGAAUUUUAUUUGAUUCCGAUAAUAAUGCUAUCGGUGUUGAAUGUGCUUCGGCAGACGGAAGAGUGUUCAAAGUUUUCGCUCGAAAGGAAGUCAUCAUAUCUGCCGGGGCUUUCAAUACGCCUAAAUUGUUAAAACUAUCGGGCAUAGGUCCUCGAGCUGAACUUGAAAGUUUUGGCAUUAAGGUAAUUUCAGAUCUACCAGUUGGAGAAAAUUUACAAGAUCAUUUAGCUGUCGUUCUUGCUCAUGGAUUAGAAAAAACUAAUGAAACUCCAUCUGCCCCAAGUCUGAAUGAAUUUCCUCUAGAUACUUUUGUAGGUUUAGGAUCAGUUGACCCAAACCAGAAAAAGCCAGAUUAUCUGACGUUAAAUCUAAUUUGUAGAAAUAAUCCACAGUGUUUGAGUCAACUUUGUUCCGUUGUAUUCGGUUUACACCAAGACGUAUGUAAUCAGAUAAUGAAAGCUGGUGAAGGAAGAGAGAUUUUAGUUUCUAUACUUACUGUCGGUCGUCCAGUAUCCACUGGAAGAGUUUUACUAAAGAGCUCAGACCCUAACGACCCACCCGUGAUCUAUACCGGUUUUCUUUCUAAUAAAACUGAUCUGGAAAACAGCGCUCGUUAUAUCGAAGACUUUAUAAGAGUCGUACAGUCUAAUUACUUCAAGAGUGUUGGAGGAGAGACUCUACACCCACGUUUACCGAAUUGUUCGCACCUAGAGCUGAACACUAGAGAAUAUUGGAAGUGUUAUGUUCUCAAUAUGAUGGACACUACAUUCCAUUACAGUAGCACAUGUCCAAUGGGUUCCGUAUUAGAUUCUCAAUUGAGAGUGCGAGGUGUGGGAAGACUGCGAGUAGGCGAUGCCAGUGCCAUGCCGAAUAUAGUUUCCAGUAACAUAAACGCUGCUGUCAUGGUACUUGCCGAAAAGCUUGCUGACCUCCUUAAACAAUCACGUUAA